UACUGCGCAGGUCACUUUCUGUCAGCAGCUCAGUCUGAGGUCUGGGACGAAGUCAGUCUUGUUUUGGUGAGCGGUUUACGAUUCUGCUCGUGAACGUUCGGACAAGAAACAAAAAUAUCUACCCAAAUGUGGAGCUCCCGAAAAUUUUGCGUGGGGGAAGAAUUAUAUGGCGAGGGCUAUUCAAACAAGUCUGCGCUGUUUUGAGCUAGUUUCGUAGCAUUCCGGCGGCGGCCGACUUCCGUAAAUGGUGUGAGCGCUUCAAUGUGGCGCUCGGUUUUGACUUCUCGUCGUGUGCCUGUCUUCGCCUGAUUCUACGAGCCGGCUUCCUUUUUUACUUUACCCGUCCUCUGGUCACCGGAGAACGGAAUGGCGGCGGCGGCCCCCAACCCGGAGGACUCGGCCCGGAGUAGUAGUAGUGGGAGUAGUGGUGGGAGCGGCGGCGGCGUUUGCGGCACCCCGAGCUCCCUGGCCGCGGAUGGCGACACGGAAGAGGCGGAAGACUUCGCGUCGUCCUCCCACUGCUCGGAGCUGUCGCGGCGGCAGAACGAGCAGCGCAAGCAGGGCUUGUUCUGCGACGUCAUGCUCGCCUUCAGCAGCGGCGCGGCGGCCGGUGGCGUCCAGACGUGCGAGUUCGCGGCCCACCGUUCGGUGCUGGCCGCCGCCACCGACUACUUCACGCCGCUGCUGGGCGGACAGUUCUCCGAGUCGCUGUCUGGCCGCGUGGACAUGAAGGAGUGGAGCUCGGAGAUGGGACCCGACCCCGAGACGGUGGAGAGCGUCAUCCAGUACAUGUACACCGGGGAGAUUCGUGUCAGUACCUGCAACGUGCAUGAAGUCCUGGAGCUAGCUGACAGGUUCCUACUGGUCCAGCUGAAGGAUUUCUGCGGCGAGUUCCUGAAGAAGAAGUUGAGCCUGACCAACUGCGUGGCGGUGCACAGUCUGGCGCACAUGUACACACUGGAUCAGUUGGCCCUGCGGGCGGCUGACAUGAUCCGCCGCAACUUCCACAAGGUGAUUCAGGAUGAGGAAUUCUACACUUUGCCCUUCCACCUGGUGCGCAAUUGGCUGUCAGACGACCAGAUCACGGUUGACUCGGAGGAGGUGCUGUUCGAAGCGGUGGUCAAGUGGGUGCAGAAGAUGCCCGAAGAGCGCGGCGGCUACUUCGAGGAGCUCUUCCGCCUCCUCAGGCUGCCUCAGAUCAAGCCCACCUACCUGACGCGAGUGGUCAAGAACGAGCGGCUGGUGGCGGCCAACGAGGCGUGCCUGCGCCUUGUGUCGGAGGCCGUGGAAGGCUACGCGAUCCGUUUUGAGAACUUCAAGUUGGCCGACCUUGAGCUAUGGUCCUCGUUCGUGGUGUCCUUCCAGCCGCGCUUCGGCCAAAACAUGGAUGUCAUCAUGGUGGUGGGCGGCGUGUCGGAGGGCGGGGACUACUUGAGCGAGUGUGUGGGUUACUUCAUUUACGAGGACCGCUGGGUUAACCUUCCGCACAUCCACAACCACCUGGACGGCCACGCCAUCGCCGCCACCGACUCGCACGUCUACGUGGCGGGCUCCAUGGAGCCGGGCUUCGCUAAGACGGUGGAGCGCUACAACCCCAACUACAACACCUGGGAGCAGGUGAGCAACCUGACCACCCGCAAGCACUCCUUCGGCCUCACCUGCAUCAAGGACAUCCUGUACAGCAUCGGCGGCCACGGCAACUUCAGCCCGGGCUUCAAGGACGUCAGCGUGUACGAGCCCGAGCAGGACAAGUGGCACAACCUGGAGUCGGCGCCCAAGAUCCUGCGCGACGUCAAGGCGGUGAGCGUGGAGGACCGCUACGUGUACGUGACGGCGCGCACGCCCGUCGACACGGACAAAGACGACGGGCUGAAGACGGUGACCACCCGCUACGAUACCGACAGCCACCAGUGGCAGGACGUGGACUCGUUGCCGCUGGUGGACAACUACUGCGUCUUCCAAAUGGCCGUGGCCGCCACCAACUUCUACCACACGGCCUCUUGCUGCCCCAAGAGCUACAGCAUGCGGGACGAGGUGGCCCGCCAGAAGAUCAGCGCCCGCGUCCCAGACGAGAUCCUGGAGAGCCUGCCGCCCGAGGUGACCAGCAUCGAGGGCGCCGCCAUCUGCCAUUUCGACGACGACGUCUUUAUCAUCGGCGGCUGGAAGAACAGCGACGACGUGGACAAGCAAUACCGCAAGGAAGCGUACCGCUACUGCGCCGAGCGCAGGCGCUGGAUGCUGCUACCUCCCAUGCCGCAGCCGCGGUGCCGCGCCACUGCCUGUCACGUGCGCGUGCCCUACCGCUUCUUGUACGGCUGCCAGCGUUACCCAAUGCCCCAGAACCUGGCGCGCCAGCGGGACCGCAUGCAGCAGAUGCAGCAGCUGCACCGCCGCACGCUCACGCUGCGCCGGCAGCUGCAGUCGCAGAUCGAGUGUUGAAUCGUCAGCCGUCCGCUGGCUUGCUUUGUGGACUCGUUUUAACCACUUUUCCACGAUUCAGAUCAAUGUCCAUUAGUUAGUUUGCCUUCCGUUGAAAUAGAUUCAAAGGAGGGCUUUGUAAUGUUCGAAUCUGUAAUUCAUCCGCCGUGCAUUUCCAUUCGUUACAUGGCUAUUAUUGCAUUCCAUGGAUUGGUUCCAUCUCUAUAUAAGACUGCAAAGACUUUCCUAUACACUCUUGUAGGACAAGACAGGAGAAGAAAAGAGAGCAUUCAAUUGAAGACCAUUGAAUUGACGAUUCCUUGACCAGUUAUCACCGUGUUUGAUUGGAGUGGGAAUAACUUCUGAUAUUUUUUUUUAUAUUUUGCCAA